GACCUGCCUGACCUGUACACUUUCAGAUUGAAAAUGGCGGUCUCGGUGUUUCCCGGCGUACGGCUGCUGACUAUCGGAGACGCAAAUGGAGAAAUACAGCGACACUCAGAACAGCAACCAUUGCGUUUGGAAGUAAAAACCACACAGGAGACUGCAUUACUCAACCUCUCUAAUGGAGAGGACGCAAGUAUCUUCAAGUGUUCAGUUUCUAAGGAGACGGAAUGCAGCAGAGUGGGGAAGCAGUCGUUCAUUAUCACACUGGGCUGCAACAGUGUCCUAAUUCAGUUUUCCUCACCUGCAGACUUUCAGUCCUUUUAUAACGUCUUGAAGAAUUGUCGGGGCCAUCUUUGUGAGCGGUCAGUCUUCAGUGACAGAACAGAGGAAUCAUCUGCCAUACAGUACUUCCAGUUUUAUGGAUACCUCUCGCAACAACAGAAUAUGAUGCAGGACUAUGUGCGCACAGGGACUUACCAACGGGCCAUUUUGCAGAACCACGCCGACUUUGAGGACAAGAUUGUGCUGGAUGUUGGAUGUGGCUCUGGGAUCCUGUCUUUCUUUGCGGCCCAGGCAGGAGCAAAGAAGGUCUAUGCUGUGGAAGCAAGUACAAUGGCUCAGCAUGCUGAGGUGCUGGUUAACAGUAACCAUCUUGGGGACCAUGUAAUUGUUGUACCAGGAAAGGUGGAGGAGGUGACACUCCCUGAACAAGUGGACAUCAUCAUAUCAGAGCCCAUGGGCUAUAUGCUUUUUAAUGAGCGGAUGCUGGAGAGCUACUUGCAUGCCAAGAAGUUCCUUAAACCCAAUGGUAAAAUGUUCCCGACCAUUGGGGAUGUUCACCUGGCACCUUUCACAGAUGAGCAACUAUACAUGGAGCAGUUCACAAAAGCUAAUUUUUGGUACCAGCCCUCUUUCCAUGGUGUAGAUCUCUCUGCGCUGCGGGGUGCAGCAGUGGAUGAAUAUUUCCGCCAGCCAAUCGUGGACACGUUUGAUAUCCGUAUCUUGAUGGCAAAGUCAGUCAAAUACACAGUCAAUUUUCUGGAGGCGAAAGAAGAGGAUCUUUACAGGAUAGAGAUCCCCUUUAAGUUCCACAUGAUGCACUCGGGCCUUGUACACGGUCUGGCUUUCUGGUUUGACGUGGCAUUCAUAGGAUCAGUGACGACAGUGUGGCUGUCCACUGCACCUACAGAACCUCUUACUCACUGGUAUCAGGUACGCUGUUUGCUGCAGUCUCCUUUGUUCACAAAGGCUGGGGAUACACUGUCCGGGACUGCAAUACUAGUGGCCAACAAAAGACAAAGUUAUGACAUCAGUAUUGCUGCCCAGGUGGACCAGACUGGAUCAAAGUCCAGCAACCUCUUGGAUUUAAAGAACCCAUUUUUUAGGUACACGGGUACCACCCCAAAUCCACCUCCUGGGUCGCAUUACACCUCCCCCUCUGAGAAUAUCUGGAAUACAGGAAUAUCCUACAGCAUGAGUCAAGGUAUGUCCACAUCAGGUCUUAACAUGGUACAGCCCAAGUUUGAAGUCAAUCGGGUGAACCAGCUAGGACAAGGGUACAAAGUGAACACAGGUAUUGUGAACCACACCCACUCCAGGAUGGGCUCCAUCAUGAGCACAGGAAUUGUCCAGGGGGCUGCAGCAGGCCAAUCAGGUCCCAGUAGCAGUGGUAAUUACUAUCCAGUCACCAACCAGUUUACCAUGGGGGGUGCUGCUAUUUCUAUGGCUUCGCCCAUGGUCAUCCCCAGCAACACAAUGCAUUAUGGCAGUUAAGAUGAAGACUUUGCAAAGACCCCUUUAACUUGCCCCACUCUGCAUGACGGACUUCCCAGUACAAAAAAAAAAUAAGAAAAGAAAAAAACUGCCGCUGCCUCUUCUGAAUUCUAACCGACCCAUGGACUACAGCCGAUACCAAAACCAGUGCUCUUCUGGCACUUUGUUCAACAUCUUCAUUUUGUUACUGUCUGUCCGUUAUUGUACAUCCCACUUUUAUCCGUCCAAGCUCAUUUUAAAAUAUAGAUUCCCAAGGCCCUUGCACACCAAUGAAUUGCUGAGCCGCAGCAAGUUUUUGUCACCUCCGACUCUUUAUUUCUCUUUUUUUAUUUUUAUUAAUGUCGUGAAUUUUUUGUUUCUCAUGUUAUCAAAAGAAAGCUCUACACCAGCUGCCAGAUGGAGUCGUACUCCCAGUCCUUCAUAACAUCAUGAUCAAUGCUUUCUUUCUUUUUUUGGGGGGAGGGGGUUGCUCUUUACAUCAUGUCAUGUCAAACAAAAAAAAUAGUGAGGAAAAAGAAAAACAUUUGCACCAUAACCUCAACUUCGGUGUAUAUGUAUACAAGGAAACUUAUAUCCUGAAGUGUAAUAGAAUUUUUCUUUGGCAAUCCAAACCUUUGUAUGAACCAUUUCUUUUUUGAUCAUUACCUGAGUAUAGGUUAUUGAUGUGUUUUUGUUGCAGUCUUUCAUAAAAUAGAUGGAGCCCACAAUGAAUGAACCGUUUGUUAACGUGUAUGCUGAGCCAUGACAUAAAUAUGCACCUCUUA